AUGGCUUCCAAGCAUAUGCUUGCCGUGGCGGUGGCACUGGCCGUGGUCUUCCUCCCGUUGCUUGCCGCAUCGGCCGCCGUCCAUCCCGUGGGGGAUGGCACAGGGUGGACGCUCGGGUUUGACUACACUGCCUGGUCCGAGAGCAAGCAGUUCACGGUCGGUGACGCGCUAGUCUUCAAUUACAAAAUGGCCUUCCAUAAUGUGGUGGAAGUGAGUGGGCCGGACUUCAAGGCAUGUAAGAACAGCAAGGGCACCGUUGCCUGGACCUCCGGCACCGAUCAGGUCCACCUCGGCGAUGCAGGGAGGAGGUGGUUUAUCUGCACUGUGGGGAACCAUUGCAAGAUGGGCAUGAAGCUCAACGUCACCAUCCUCGCGGCAGGCGCGUCUUCUCCUGCUCCUGCACCCGCUCCGUGGGCUGCAUCGUUGUCGACUCCUCAUCCUGCGUCCAAGCGGCCAUUCGUUUGAUUCCAAGGGGUGAUAUGACUUCAUGC